AUGAUAUAUGACACUUUUGUAAUGGGAGCUAAGACGGCACUUGUGAAACAAGGUAACGUAACUUCUGCAAGGCCAGAUUUUCCAGCUCACCAAGAAGUUGCACACUACCAUGGGAUUAUAUUCAGUAGUGGCGAUUUAUGGCAAAAUCAGAGAAGAUUUGGCAUCACAACUCUUCGAGAAUGUGGAUUUGGAAAGAGAAGUUUGGAAGAAAGAAUUGUUGAAGAAGUUUCAUAUUUAAACGAUGCGAUACGUGCCACUAUGGGAAAACCAUUUGAAAUAAUGGCGAAACUUGGCAACGCUAUUUCUAACAACAUAUGUAGUGUUGCUAUGGGGCGGAGAUAUGAUUACGACAACAAAAGGUUCAAAGACCUCGUCGCAAAAGUAUCUUGGAGAUUCAAUCAUCCUCGGGCGGCGCGUUAUUUCAGUCUGACACUGUUUGAACCACUGUUGAUCAAAGUACCGCCAAUAUCGACUUACAACAAAAUGCAAAUCAGCAACAGGGACGACAUGUUCAGCCUUUUCCGAGAAAUUAUUGACGAGCAUAGAGCGACAUUUGACAAAGAAAACAUUCGUGAUUUUAUUGACGCCUUCCUUGAACGUAUGGCUGGGAACGAUCCUCAUUUCACGGAGUUUCAGUUGCUCGUGUUUUUGAGGGAUUUAUUCAUUGCUGGCACUGAAACCACAACGAGUACUUUGAGGUGGGCGUUGCUGGUUCUGCUUCACAAUCCUGGAGUACAAGACAAGCUACGGAAUGAAAUUCACAAAGUUUUAGGUUUCGUCACUGCAAUAUAGUAGGGUAGUGGGAGAUGGGCACCUUUUCAUUCUAUUUUCUCGUCCCAUUUAGUAGUAAA